AUGGUCCUCGCAGAUCCAGAGACAACUGUCCAGGGCAUCAGCCAAAAAUCGACCCCCCCUGUUCUGUGGUGUCCAUUGCUGGUUCAGCAUGGAGCUCCCCCCCUCGCCCGGCUCAAUUGCCCACGGAUUGACCGCACUCGAAUAUUAUUUCUCUCGGCCAAGGCUGAACACCAUCAAGUUGACAAAUACCACCCCGGUUUACCUUCAAGCUCGAGGGAGAACCUUCUACGAUUAGGACGACCGAGGAAAACGAUCCAUAUUCCAAGCACUAGCACACGAGUUUAUACCACCAUGUCACCACCCCUCUCGUCCACUCAGCAUCGCGAUAGCGGGGCGGCCCGAUUCUUAGGCUCCGGUACUUCAGGCGUGGCGGAAUUGAUGAUUUUCCAUCCAGUCGAUACUUUGGCGAAACGAUUGAUGUCCAACAAAUCAACCUCCUUAAACUUCAACCAAAUCGUCUUCAGAAACUACGCAGACGCUCCGAUCGGAAAGAAAUUCCUGUCAUUGUUUCCAGGCUUAGGAUAUGCAGCCGGAUACAAAAUCCUGCAAAGAAUUUACAAGUUCGGUGGUCAACCAUAUUUCAAAGAUUAUCUGAACACACAUCACAAAUCGAAGUUCGUGUCCAUGUUCGGUGAAAAGAAUGGAAAGGCUAUGACGGAAGCCGCAGCAGGAUCAUUAACGGGAAUCGGCGAAAUCGUCCUUUUACCAUUGGAUGUACUGAAGAUCAAGAGACAGUGA